AGGAUCUGAGCUGGCUCCAUACCAAAUACAGUAAAAUAGUAGGAUCUACGUUGUUGGCCCGCUCCGUUGAAACAGGGCUGCUAGUUACUCUACUAAUUGCGCAAGGCGCUAAGCCGUUUCUUACGAGUAACUUAGCACCUUGGCAUUUGAAUCAAGACUCAUAUUUCAGCACGAAGCAAACUUCUCUCUUUUUUCUCUUGCCUCGAUUUAUUGCUGUCUCGUUCCCCUUGUGGAAGCCUUUUGGGAUCCUCUUAGGCGUAUCUUCUGAUUUAUGCACCGUAUUAAAUCGUGGGCGAAAGCUCACGCGUCCGGUAGUCCUCUCCCGACUCAGAAUCCGGCAAGGAGAUCGAACUUGCGACAGAAGGAAACUGAGGAACCUGCGGCCAAUUCCCGCGAUGUCGAACCUCCGGUGUCAGCCAACAGUACAGGCACGGUUGUUGCUACAAAGGAAGGGAAUGGUGAAGACGAUAAACUCAAGCAGGGCAUAUUUACCCGGAUGAAAAAUGGAUCGAUUCGCUUCUGCAGUCAUACCAAGAGUGCUCUAUGCCACUCCUGGGUCAAUGUGCUGUUGGUCUUUGUCCCGGUCGGUAUAGCUGUUGAGGCCGUUGGGAUGAAUCCUUCUAUCAUCUUUGCUAUGAACGCCGUCGCUAUCGUUCCCCUGGCGGGAUUGUUGGCCCACGCUACUGAACAUGUAGCAAGUCGUCUUGGUGACACCGUGGGUGCUCUGAUCAACGUCACAUUUGGCAAUGCGGUCGAAUUGAUUAUUUUUAUUGCUCUAGUCAAGAAUGAAAUUCGAGUCGUACAAGCCUCACUACUUGGCUCAAUUCUCGCCAACCUACUCCUAAUUCUAGGAAUGGCCUUCCUGCUGGGAGGUCUUCGAUUCCAGGAACAGAUAUACAACAGCACUGUCACGCAGAUGAGUGCUUGUUUGCUGAGUCUGAGCGUCACAAGUUUACUUCUACCGACAGCUUUCCACGCAUCGUGGGCAAGCAAUGCGAAUGCGGAUAAAUAUUCCCUGAAAGUCAGCCGUGGGACUAGUAUUGUCCUUCUCUUGGUCUACAUUCUAUACAUCGUUUUCCAAUUGAAGUCCCACGCAUACCUCUACGCCAGUAUUCCCCAGCAGAUCAUCGAUGAGGAAUCACAUCCAGGUGUACUGGCGGAUUUCAUGAACUCCUCGGAUUCGUCUGACAGCUCUACUGAUGAUUCUGACGAUUCGAAUACAUCCUGGACCACGGCGAAACGCAUCAGACGAGCCAUGAAACAUCGCAAGCGCAGAAAGUCCAAUAGCUCCAAGGGGACAUCAUCGGAUCACAAGAGUGCUCUUCGCAGUCAGACGGCAGAGGCAACCAGUGCAAGCCAUUUGGAUGGAGCAUCCUCUCGCACAGCUGCAGACAUCACUGAGGACACUCGAUAUGACGCGGAUGAUGAUGCCCAGCGGUUUGCGGGCCCUCUCUCUCGAGACUUUGGGUUAGAACAAGGCAGUAUCAAAAGCAAGAAGUCGCGGCGAAAGGGCAAGAAACAUUCAAAGAGACAUAGCAACCCCGUGAACGUUACGGAUACUGCAAACGAUCUGAAGAUCGCGCCGCUCGAUGAUAUAUCUCAGCUUCCUCCUUUGACAACCUACCAUUCGGAACCAUCUGUUGAACGCAAAGUCCCGGCUCAGACAGCCGGUGCGACCGCUGACGAUAUUCGCAAGCGCAGAAUACCAUUCCCCUCAAUUCCGCCUAUUUUGACAAACACUGUGUUUUCUCCUCGAUACCCGCCAACUGCAUCUUCAGCAUACCCCAGUGCUGGUCCCAGUGGCAUUAAACGCACCAAUUCGCUUCCUGUCCGCGCUGCCAGAAUGUCUGGUGUUGGUAACGCCAUGCAAUUCGCCAGAACAGCUGCUCGCACGCCCAAUGCCCCUCCAACGGAGACUGAACAUCCUGCCGAGAGCCCAAUUCCAGAAAUGUCCCGUACCUCUGCCGUAGUCAUGUUGUUAGUGUCAACUGCCCUGGUGGCUGUGUGCGCCGAAUUUCUCGUCGAUGCUAUUCCUGGAAUGAUUGCCAGUUCCAAUGUCAGCCAGGCCUUUAUUGGUCUAAUUAUUUUGCCCAUUGUUGGAAACGCAGCAGAGCACGUUACGGCUGUCAGUGUUGCAACGAAGAACAAGAUGGAUCUCGCCAUCGGUGUCUCUGUUGGCAGUAGUAUUCAAAUCGCUAUCUUUGUCACGCCUCUCGUCGUCAUUCUUGGGUGGUGCAUGGACCGCGAUAUGUCUCUGUACUUCACCCUGUUCGAGACCGUCUGUCUUUUCGUGACGGCCUUCGUGGUCAAUUUCCUCGUUCUCGAUGGCAGGAGUAACUACCUCGAAGGAUCUCUUUUGAUCGCCGCCUACGUUAUCAUAGCGGUCGCGGCAUUUUACUAUCCAAGCGACAAUGAUGCUAGUUCUCUUGCCUCAUAGUCAAGCAAAUGAAUACCCGUCUCUACAGCGAAACGGGAGGCAAAUAACUGUUAAUGUAAUUAGAGCACACCAUAUCUGCCUAUGGCACCCUUUGCAGCGAACAUAUUGUGUCUUCUUUGGGGGGUUGGAGUGGUGGAAAGGACAGGACAUAGAAUAGAAUGCAAUGGUGACGGUGGUUCUGAUACCUCAGCUGUCCCUUUCGAGGACGACAUUGGCCUUUCCUUUCUGCUAGUAAAUCAAAUACAUAAGUAUAUACGUAGAGAU